GUAUUAUGCAUUUAUUAGACAUUUAAAUUUUGAUUCUCCGAAAUGGGUGCAUGUUUGACGUCAUACAGUGGUUAAACCCUCUGGAAACAAUGGCUGAAUCAUUGGAACAGCCUAAUCCGGUAGCUGUCCCAGAAUGCUCAUUUUCAUCUCAGUGCGGUCGGAAUAUAAUUGUUGAUGGCCCAACAGCUAGAUGGAACAGUGUUGUCUCAGGGGGCAGAGUUGUUGUCGACAAACCAAUAUUUCCUGGUAAAGAACUCAAGUUGUCUUUUGAUGGAAAGGGUCAUGCCGAAGUUGGAAUACUCACGAAAGAUCCUGCUUCAAUACCUGACAUCAACCAUGUGGAAAAGUUGAAAGAAUUGACUGUAAUACAAAGUGCGAAAAUUUACAAACAAACGGGCACUGCCAAUAUAAAACGAUCAGAUUGUGGAAGGAAAAUCAUAACAAAAGCAGACAAAGAGUCUAGCGUUACAAUUAAAAGGAAUGAUAAAGUAUGGGUUACUGUUAAUAUUAUAUUUGGAGAUCUGGAAGUAGAAAUAGAGACUGAAGGUUACAAUUUUUCAAAUAAAACAGGUGGAAAUAUACAACUCGAGAAUAAUGAUACAUGGGCGAAUUUAAAAUUCCCCAAUCCUUGCGCUGUUUGCUUUGUCGGAAAUCCUAUCAGACGAAAGGAAGCAUUAAACUUUCAGAUUGAUCCCAUCUUAAGAGAUGGUAAACCUUCAAGAAAUUUCAGUAUUAAAAUAGCGAUAUCACAGUCUAAUCCAGUUAACCUUCUGUCAGAAAAUGAUACCUAUGAUGAUAUUACGUCACUUCCUGUAAUUCAUUUCGAUGAAAUUCCAAUCAAAUGCAAAAACGUAAUUCAGAUUGGACUAUCGGAUAAUGGAACUGUUCAAAUAAACUACGAUAAAGGGACACUUAACAAAAAAACCAAUAACAAACAAAUAUUUUGCAUUUUCGAAAUUUGCAGGAUAAAUCUUCAUUGCAAAGGUAAAAUCGUAGACUUUUCACCAUCUGUCGAGACUGUACUAUGCGAAAGUAAAAGAAAAAAAAGCAACCCCGUUGGCGCUUCGUCGAUUGAUCAGGUCGACACCAUUGUUGUUCCUCCUAACCCGGAGUAUGUUCGAAGUAAAAAGAUGCUAGAAUCUAUAAGACAUGACGCAGAAUCUAUAUCGAUUCACUCGAACGAUUUCAAACCAGCUAAUGAAUCCAGAAAUAUUAUCGGCGAUGUCUCACUUUCGAUGGUCAAUAAUGGUUCGAAUAUAACCAACACAGCGGAAUCUCGUAUCAGAAGUAAUGAAACAUUGUUACCAGUCGAUAAUAUCUCACCGAGUGAGUUAAAUUUAAGAUUGCAGUCAGUUGAAGAAACUAUCGGUAACCCUACAACUGGAAAAGAAGGCAUGCGACAGUCCCAGUAUCAGGAACUUAAAUUAGAAAUUCAAGCCAUAAAGACAAUGUUGGGUGAACUUCAGUUAUCGAUACAACCUCAAACAAAUACAAAAACCCUUACCUUAACUGAGUUAAAUGAAUAUAAUCCUGAGAUGUCACUCAAUGAAGUUCUACAGAAGAACUAUGUAAACUUAAUCAAAAUGAUAGAUACAGUGCCGUUAUUGGAUCUGUUAUAUGAAUCAGAUUACAUCAGGCACAACGAAUGCGAAAGAUUAGGAAAACUUUCCCAAACUGACCAAGAAAGUGCUAAUCGCGAUCUUUUAAAUACUAUAAUACGCAGACAAAGUAUUAGUCUCGGCCACUUUGCAAGUCUUUUAUUUCAAUCAAAACAGAUUGGAGUUUUAGCAGUUUUAUUUCCAGGGAAAAAUAUAAAUAAAUAA